AUGCAGAAAGUGACGUCGAAACUGCCAUCUUGGGAUACGACCAAGACCACAAGCAAAAAGGGCUUUGACAAGGUCUGGGGCUGGGCGGAUAAGCUCGGAGCACCCGUAAAUCGGCUCUCGAAUCGCAUUGGCAGCGAAGCCUUUUGGCCAACGACAUUAGACAAAGAAAGCGACAAGGCCGCGAGAAUCUUGAGAUCAUUCUGUAAGGAUGGCUUCUACGCAGAAGAGGAACGUCAAGUCGACGGCGCCGGUCCGAAGAGGAAGCAGCGAGUUAUCAAGAAAAUUCCUCAAAAAGUAAUCGAGAAUUGUGUCGGCCUUGCUAUAUUCACUGUUAUGCGUACUGGACUAUGGGUGUCCGGAGCCGGCGGUUCCGGCGUGGUGGUCGCCAAGCAAGAGGACGGAUCGUGGUCCCCUCCAUCUGGCAUACUGCUCCACACGGCCGGUUUGGGGUUUCUUGUUGGAGUGGACAUUUACGACUGCGUCCUGGUAAUCAACAACCGCAAGGCCCUAGAUGCAUUCACCAAAGUCCGAGCUACAGUGGGUGGUGAGAUUACCGCAGUCGCCGGGCCCGUUGGCAUGGGCGGAGUUCUCGAGAACGACGGAAAAUGGAAAGAGGCCAACAGACCCAACUUCACCUAUCUCAAGUCGCGUGGUUUCUACGCUGGAGUCCAAGUCGACGGCUCGAUUAUCAUUGAGCGCACUGACGAAAAUGCGCGCUUCUAUGGGGAGACGAUUGGUGUUACUGACAUAUUAGCUGGAAAAGUCCGGCAUCCACCAUAUGAGCUUAAAAUGCUGAUGGAGACAUUAAAAGCCGCCGAAGGUCGUUCGGAUGUUGAUGAAGAGCUCAUGGAGGAGCUUGAGGGACAGCCGGCACCAGGCGAUGUGGAUGUCGAGGCGCCCAGUGACAAGUCGUUCGGCAUCCCAGAGCCUGAUGACCCGGAUCCAUAUGGCUUUUUGGCUCUGCAAAAGGAGGGACUGGAUAUCGUGGAGGCCGGCACUCAUUCAAGGCCGUCUAGCAGCCAGUUUGAAUACCACCCAAGCCCGUCAAGCCCGACUUACAGCAAGUUUCACAAUAGACGCAGCAUGGAGACUGCAGAAACAAGAAGCAGCCGCGACAGCCACGCAUCAACUCCAAACUCAAAGCUCCGAUGGAGCAGCGGCGAUCCGCAUUACGAAUCAUCAGAUGCCGGUACACAAACCGAUGAGGUUAUAACUCCAAUCACGAGUCCAGUGUUUAACACCUUUCAGAAUCGGAGUCUUUACGACGAGCCCGGCGAGUUCUAUAAUAGCCCUUGGAGUGCCAAAGGCCGCAAGAACAGCAUCCACCGCGACUGGGGCAGAGACGACAGCCUCACAUUCUUCAGCGAAGAUGAUGAAAAGUCAGAGGCUGCGAUUAUGUCUCCCUCGAAUUUGCGAUCACAAUCGAUCAGCGCUCCCCCGGUCGAUGCUAUGGUUCCCAUCAAGCGCGUGCCACCACCGCUGCCACCGAGGAAUCUUCCUCUGCCUAUCCGACCCGAGUUUGAAGAAGUCGAUCUCAAAGCAACAGAAGCAGCAGAUCAUGAAGAGAUGACCUCUUCAGGACCCCACUCAGAAUUCACCAGGGAGACAGAAGGAAGCACAGAUUAUACGAGCGAUGCGGCGUCUGUCUCGCCAAGGAAGACAUCGGUUAGUAAAGACAGCGAUCGCUUGUCCGGCACGCUAUUCGACUCCGACUCCCAUUCACUUGAACUCAACAGGCGAGAUAAUGGCGACGUAUUCAACCACACCCUCAGCCCAUACAAGUCGGACUAA